UCUCCGCGAGGAAUUCGGUUCAGGGGGGGAGGCGCCAACCACGGCGCGUGGCAUGACUUUGUCUGAAUUGAACAAUUAACCUUGAUGAGCAGCGAGCGUUCCGGCCCUAAUAGGCUCCUGAGUGGUGGCGCAGGUGCUUGGCAUGUGUGGCGACCGUGUCCCAAUCCAACCCAUUAGUGUUCAGUACUGAAGUCAACGCGUCGUAAGCCGUAUCGAAUUCAAGUCAAACCUAGGAUAGGAGAAGACGCAUUUUUUUUCCCUCGCUUCAUGCGUUUGGAGCAUUUAUUUUAUAUUUCGUCCCCGCAUAACGACACGAGUAGGCUACAGCAGUCCGUUCAUGGGUAACGGACAUAUCGUGGGAAGCAGAGCAAAGCUGCAUUGAUUGGAGACCAUUUUUUUUGCCCGCCCUGUGAAUUGCCAGUGGUGGCACGGAGUCGUCCACGCGCUCUGCUCCUCUGUCGGACCAGCAGCAGCUGAAGCAGCGGUGUAGUCAAUCUGGGCGCCCGGUGAAGACCCUGCCGUCCGCUCCACGCCUCACCUCCUCCGGCAGCACCAACGAUACCACCACCACAACACCACCACCAGCCAGCCCGGACACUUGAGAUGAGGACCGCGUCCCGAGCCUGUUCCGCGUGAAGAGGCUGAACAAGGAGGAGGAGGGGGGUGGGGGCAGUUUUCUUCGGCGUCUUGCGGUCCCGCAUUGAGGAGGCUAAGGACGAGGAGGGGUGGGGGGGACGGAGACGGAAAGUAGCCGCUGGUGCCGAGGAGCUGCGAUCAUGGAGCAGGAGCAGGACCAGGACCCGGGAGAGCGGGAGAACAUGAACGCCUCGAAGAAGAAGACGGUGUUUGCCAAGAUGUUCAAAGUUCGCAAGAGGAGGGAGAUGCUUUUUGUGCAAGUGUCGUUCGUGUGCAGCAUCCUGUUCGUGGCGUGGAGCAUGUCCACUCUGCUGACAAAGACAGGUCAUGGCAUGCAGGUGCAUGGCCACGCGGACCACGAGCACUGGGGCCGGCGCCUCAUGUCCUCGCCUACCGACGGCAACCAGACUGAGUCCAAGAACUGCACGGAACCCUCGGUCCACGAGUUUCCGGAGGACCUCUUCUCCUUUGAGGAGCUGAGGAGCGGUGCCAUUGUGCUCCAUAUCAUCGCGGCUCUCUACAUGUUCUUGGCCCUGGCUAUAAUAUGCGACGACUACUUUGUGACGUCGCUGGAGAAGAUCUGUGAGAAACUGGACCUGAGUGAGGACGUGGCCGGGGCCACCUUCAUGGCAGCUGGCAGCUCCGCACCAGAGCUGUUUGCCUCCGUCAUCGGUGUCUUCAUCACCCACGGCGAUGUGGGGGUGGGGACCAUCGUGGGCUCAGCUGUCUUCAACAUCCUGUGCAUCAUUGGCGUCUGUGGGAUCUUCGCUGGACAGGUGGUGAUGCUGACCCGCUGGUCGGUCUUCAGGGACUCCUUCUACUACACCCUGUCCGUGGUGGCGCUGAUCGCAUUCAUCUACGAUGAGAAGAUUGUGUGGUGGGAGAGUCUGGUGCUGGUGCUUAUGUACGUCGGCUACAUUGUCGUCAUGAAGUUCAACUCGAGCAUGCAGAAGUUCUUCACCGGCAAGCCCGGGAAGACCGUGGCCAACGGUAACGCGGCGGCCAGCAGUGAGAUGGAGGACGUCAAACCUAGCCAAGCCUCGCAAUUCAGUCGUGGUUCAGUGGUCAUGGUGGACGAGAUCAUCAACGCCAACCCACCCAAGUAUCGUUUCCCAGAGGCCGGCCUCCGCAUCAUGGUCACCAGCCAUUUUGGACCCAAGACCCGGCUACGCAUGGCCAGUCGCCUGAUAAUCACAGAGCGCCAGAAGUUGGUCCAAGCUGCCAACGGCGUUGAGACGCAGGUCAUUGACGGAAAGGUCAACGACAUUGAGAACGGAAACGUCCCCGAGGACAAGCCCAGUGAGGAGAAGGAAAACGAGACCAUCUCCCCCUUCCAUAUUCCAGCCGGCAUUGGCAGCAAGACUAAAUGGCUGAUUUCCUGGCCACUGCUCCUCCUCCUCUUCUUCACCAUCCCAAACUGCGCCAAACCUCGUUGGGAGAAGUUCUUCAUGCUUUCCUUCAUCCUCUCCACCGUCUGGAUCGCCAUCUUCUCCUACCUGAUGGUCUGGAUGGUCACCAUCAUCGGCUUCACCCUGGGCAUCCCCGACGUCAUCAUGGGCAUCACCUUCCUGGCCGCCGGCACCAGCGUUCCCGACUGCAUUGCCAGUCUCAUCGUGGCGCGCCAAGGACUGGGUGACAUGGCAGUGUCCAACACCAUCGGCAGCAACGUGUUUGACAUCCUGGUGGGUCUUGGAGUGCCCUGGGCCCUCCAGACCAUGUGCGUGGACUAUGGCUCUGAGGUGAUGAUCAACAGCCGGGGGCUGGUGUACUCUGUGGUGCUCCUGCUGGGCUCCGUCGGUCUCACAGUGCUGGGCAUCCACCUGAACAACUGGAGGCUGACCCCCAAGCUGGGCUGCACCGUGCUGGUGCUGUACGCCAUCUUCCUCUGCUUCUCCAUCAUGAUCGAGUACAACGUCUUCACCUUCGUCAACCUGCCCAUGUGCUUGGAGUAGAAGAGCAGAGGAGGGGGAAGGGCGUGGGAAACGUCCUCAACCCUUUUCUUGAUUUCCGAGACCCCCCCCCCCCCCCUCAAAACCAACACACAGACACACACACACAUACACUCGUCCUAUUACAUGUUACACACACGGCGCACUUCUGUGCCGAAACCCAAAGUGAUACUGGAUCUCAUUCUGUCCGCAGACUUCUAGAUGUGUCCCCUCUCUAUCUCAUCCUCACCCCGACCCAACCACACCACUCCUUACUCUAACCGCAUAACCUUGCCUGCGAAAAAAAAUAAUCUAACGUUUUGUCUCUUCUAUGACCUACAACUUGUUUACCCCAAGUUUGUUUGCAAAAAAAAAAAGAAACAAAAAAGAAGUUGCCCCCCUUCGUCUGAUUGGCCGCUCCUUCGACUCAGCGCUGGCCCUUUUUACGCCCUUAUUCGGGCAUUCCCCCUCCCCACUCCCCAACCGCCCUCUCUGCCCUGUUAAGUCUGUGUGCUCUUGCUGCACCCCCGCCCCCCCCCCCCCCUGUCGUCAAGCAUGGCUUUAUAUAGAUGUCAGGGCACCUGCUGUCUCAGGGGCCCUUCUUUCUGACUUGUAGGUGUUUCACCCACUGUGUCUCCCGCUGUAGAUUUACACACACAUAUACACGCAUACACACAUACACACGCCACCACAAACAUCAUGAGACUCUGGGGCUAGGGGCCUGAAUCCCGCUUUAAUACGGACCCCCCCCCCCCCCAACCUCCGGGAGAGACCCACACUCUGUCCACGUUCUGACAUCUCUAUAGGUUGACCCAUGUCACCCCUACCCCCACCCCUCCAACCAACGCUAUACACAGACCACACACAUGAACACGCACACACGCACAUGUCUCUGUGGCAGCUCGCCUCUCAAGGUGUGGCUCUGGAAGACAUCAAGGACCCAGGGGGGAGAUGUGGUGUGUGUGUUGUCACACCUCAGCCCCCCCCACCACCUACCCCACGCCUCAUCCUCUACCUUCCCCCUCAUCUAGAUUAAAUCUGCGUUUUGUGUUGUCCAAUCUCUCCCUCUCUCCAUAUUUCCAGAGGGCAUUCCUUUGAAGUGUGCUAGGUGUCUGGUCCCCGGCCGAAGGAGACUGCAGGGACCGUCUGUACGAGCAGCGCUCUGCACAACCAUGUAACAUUAUUUUGUCUGUUUUAUCUUCAAAACCAAGUUUUGAAAUUGGUGUGAAACACGAGAUGCUGAGGCAGUCUGAAAGGACAAGUUAUUUAUUUUGUUUGUCACUAAUUGCACAUGGAAAUGUUCUUUCGCCCUUGUGCGGCAAGGAUGAAUUUGUUUUUUCUCCUCACCAUUGAGGUGGGGAUGGUCAGCUGGUGGUGCUUUACUCCAUAGCUCAGAUAUAUAUAUAUAUUUAUUUUUCAUUCUAAAGUGUUUGGUCCAAUCCCCCCUGUCCCUGCCUCAUGGACACUAAACGGUUGGAGGAUAGACGGUAUGGGAAACGUUAAAUUCCCGCUCUCGGAUGGCUAAGUAGUGCGUCAGUCGUGCGUGGGUUUCUACCAGGUUGAUUUAAGCCCACAUUUUGAGGCAGCUCGAUGACGAGUGCUGUAUAAAGUAUAUAUUAAAUAACGUGACUGUCUUCUAUAAUACCGUCUCGCCACCAGAGGGCAGAGUACCUCAAUACUCCCUCCGACAACAACACCACCACCACAACCGUGCAUGGCAGGGGUUUCAACCACACCGAUGUGGGUUAUCAGGGAAAACUGAGCUGGACAGCACCUGGAGGUGGCGCCGGGGAUGGCGUUCUCUUGAUUUAUUUAUUUUUCUGGACUACAUGUAGAUAUUGCACUUUAAAAAAACAUCUAACAUAAACAAGUCGUCCUCUCA